UAAAAAUCUUAUCAAAUAAUAUCCAUAAUAAAAUCCAAAAAUCCAAAAAAUUCUCAAACUUAACUCAAUCACGAGAAAAGCAGUGAAAAAAAAAUUCAAUGAAACAGCCCAAGCAAAGAUGAUGAAUUUCAACCAAAGCUUUGAUGAUCAGAGAAAGAAACAAAUAUUUAUACCAUUAUCAUUCAUUGCAUUAUAAAAUAAUUUUAUAUUAUUUUAAUGUCGAAUCUUGCAUGUUUCCAGGUUAUAAUAACCAUUUUUUUUUUCAAGGAAUGGCAUUGUUGGUGGGCAACAACUAUAUCCAUGGCGGCACAAACACCAGAAAGUUUCACUGUUCUACUGUCAACCUUUUAAGUCUUUAAAACAGACACUUAACUUUCCUUUGACUACUAUUGGUUUCGAAUCUUUCAAUCGUUUCUGAGACAAGCAAAGCCACCAAGACACCUUUCCUCUCUGUUUCUUCCUAAUAAUGUCAAUGGCAAGUUAAGCAAACAAACCCUUGCCUGUUGAUCACCCACCAUACUCAAAUCCUGUUUAAGCUUCAUCUUCAAGGACAGAAAUAAGGGAAAAAGAGAGCCAUGUUAGAUAUCUUCAUAUGGCUUAUUUCUUUCUUCAUCAUCAUUGCCAUUAUUGUUCUCCUCAUUUAUCAGCUCACAUGCUUGGCUGAUUUAGAGUUCGAUUACAUCAAUCCGUACGACUCUUCAUCUCGGAUAAACAAAGUCGUCUUGCCAGAAUUCUUCGUGCAAGGAUUUUUAUGCUUAUUCUAUCUAGUAACAGGACAUUGGUUCAUGUCACUGUUAUGCACUCCAUAUUUAUACUACAAUGUCAAAGUUUCGAAGAACUUGUUUGAUACCGUGAAUAAUCAAAAGAUUUGUGCACAGAGACAUGCAUCAAUUGAUAUAGUUACAUGUCGAAACAACACCUGGUCGAUGUCACGGAGAUAUUUAACUCGCUUAAUAGGGAGAAGAACCGACGCUACUAUAAACUCGCCUACCUGGUCAUUCUCCUAUUUAUCUCCUUAUUCUGGAUUAUCUUCUCUGCAUUAGAAUAUGAAGAUGAUUAACCUGACCCCGGCAUCUUUCUUGAUUGGAACGUGCAUCGGCUGUUUACAUUUGCUGUCUUUGUUUCAGCUUCUUCUGUUGUAAGUUGCAACUGAUAUAACCAUAAAUUUCGAAGUUGUAAGAUUGUGAGAAUUUUCAGUUGAUUUUAGAUGAAUAUGUAUUUUCAGCAUCCAGUUUUUGUCAGUACAUCAAAUAUAAAUCGUUUAUACUAAUUCAAACAAA